CUCUCUUCGUCUCCUCUUUUCCCCACCCACCCGGCCCCCGAACCACGGUGCCAGCUUUGCAUAUACAUAUAUAUAUAUUUAUUUUCAUUAAAAAAAUGCACAUAUAUUUAUUAAUCCUCUGAGAAAAAAAUAAAAAAACAAAGCCAUUGCCUCCCAGCCCUCUCAACCUGGCAUUUAAUAAUUUUAAUAUCUUCUCAUCACCUCCAAAAUAUAAGUUUCUUUGCUCAACGCCGCUCUCGAUCUAAUAAGUUUCUCCUCUUUGUUGCAUUGCUGGGAGGAACUAGUAGUCCUCUCUCUCUUCCAAUUGCGGGGUUUGGAGAUCGUUUCCGCGGUGGAGGGGGAGGAGAAGGGAUUCUAGAUCUCCGGGUGCUGUUCCCUGGAUCUCUGGAGCAAUUUGUUCUCAAAGGGGCGAGCUGGGAAUCGGUGGCCAUGUGUUGCACUGGACUGAGAUCUGGCUGAGGUUUAAGGUCUUCGUCCUUCAGAUCUGAUCAAGAGAAGCCCCUUUUGCUCAGAGUAAUCCAUGGAGGUUGACGGAGAGCCCGGGAAAUCCACGAAACAUGCUGGCGGCCAGGUCUGCCAGAUCUGCGGCGAUGACGUGGGCACGACGGUGGAUGGCGACCUAUUCGUUGCCUGUGAUGUCUGUGGAUUUCCUGUCUGCAGACCGUGCUAUGAGUAUGAGAGGAAGGAUGGGAACCAGUCGUGCCCCCAAUGCAAGACCAAAUACAAGAGGCAUAAAGGAAGCCCACCGGUUCAUGGGGACGAAGGGGAUGACGGGGAUGCUGAUGAUGUGAGUGAUUUCAAUUAUUCCGGCAAUCAGGAUCAGAAGCAGAAGAUUGCUCAGAGGAUGUUGAGCUGGCACAUGAGUAGGGAAGAUGUCGGGGCUCCGAAGUAUGAUAGUGGGGAGAUCCCUCGCAAUAACAUCCCUCUGCUCACUCAUAGCCAGGGGCUAUCUGGGGAACUUCCAGUGACUUCCCCCGAUCAUAUGAUGUCUCCUGGAGGAGGUGGGUCUGGGAAGCGUGUGCAUCCGCUCCCUUAUCAGUCACCUAAUACAUCACGAGAAUUUUCCGGUGGAUUUGGAAAUGUUGCUUGGAAAGAGAGGGUUGAUGGAUGGAAGAUGAAGCAGGACAAAAAUGUUGUGCCAAUGACCAACGGGACUAGUCAUGCCCCUUCUGAAGGCAGAGGAGUUGCUGAUAUCGAUGCAACUACUGAUUAUAAUAUGGAUGAUGCUUUAUUAAAUGAUGAAGCUCGCCAGCCUCUCUCUAGGAAAGUGUCAAUUCCAUCCUCCAGGAUAAAUCCAUAUAGAAUGGUGAUUGUCUUACGGCUUGUUAUCCUCUGCAUAUUCCUACAUUACCGUGUUACGAAUCCUGUGCGCAAUGCCUAUGCUUUGUGGUUACUUUCUGUGAUUUGUGAGAUUUGGUUUGCUAUAUCCUGGAUAUUGGAUCAAUUUCCUAAAUGGUUUCCAGUGAAUCGUGAGACUUACCUUGAUAGACUGGCUAUAAGGUAUGACCAAGAAGGUGAACCAUCUCAGCUGGCUGCUGUUGACAUUUUUGUCAGUACUGUUGAUCCUUUAAAGGAACCUCCUCUUGUCACUGCCAAUACUGUGCUAUCAAUUCUUGCAGUGGACUACCCUGUUGACAAGGUUUCUUGCUAUGUUUCUGAUGAUGGAGCUGCUAUGCUGACAUUUGAAGCCCUGUCUGAAACUUCAGAAUUUGCAAGGAAAUGGGUUCCUUUCUGCAAGAAAUACAGUAUUGAACCCCGGGCUCCUGAGUGGUACUUUUCUCAGAAGAUUGAUUACCUGAAAGACAAGGUUCAUCCUUCAUUUGUGAAAGAUCGUAGAGCUAUGAAGAGAGAAUAUGAGGAGUUUAAAGUCCGCAUCAAUGGCCUUGUUGCAAAGGCACAGAAAGUUCCUGAAGAGGGAUGGAUCAUGCAAGAUGGUACUCCUUGGCCUGGCAAUAACACCAGAGAUCAUCCUGGAAUGAUCCAGGUUUUCCUAGGCCAUAGUGGAGGACUUGACACUGAGGGUAAUGAGCUACCACGUUUAGUGUAUGUAUCUCGUGAGAAGCGUCCAGGUUUCCAGCAUCACAAGAAGGCUGGUGCAAUGAAUGCACUUGUACGUGUGUCAGCAGUCCUUACUAAUGGAUCUUAUCUGUUGAAUCUUGAUUGUGAUCACUACAUAAACAACAGCAAGGCAUUGAGAGAAGCAAUGUGCUUUCUUAUGGAUCCAAACCUCGGAAAGUCUGUAUGUUACGUACAAUUUCCACAGAGGUUUGAUGGUAUUGAUAAGAAUGAUCGUUAUGCCAACCGUAAUACCGUGUUUUUUGAUAUCAAUUUAAGAGGUCUUGAUGGCAUCCAAGGCCCUGUUUAUGUGGGUACGGGGUGUGUCUUCAAUAGAACGGCUUUGUAUGGUUAUGAACCUCCUAUCAAGAACAAGCAUAAAAAUAAAGGUUUCCUUUCUUCAUUCUGUGGUGGUUCUCGGAAGAAGAGUUCAAAAUCAAGCAAGAAGACUUCUGACAAGAAGAAAUCUAGCAAGCAUGUGGACAACACUGUGCCAAUAUUUAAUCUAGAAGACAUAGAAGAGGGUGUUGAAGGUGCUGGUUUUGAUGAUGAGAAGUCCCUGCUCAUGUCACAAAUGAGCCUGGAGAAAAGGUUUGGCCAGUCUACUGUCUUUGUUGCCUCUACACUAAUGGAACACGGUGGUGUCCCUCAGUCAGCAACGCCUGAGUCUCUUUUGAAAGAAGCAAUCCAUGUCAUUAGCUGUGGGUACGAGGAUAAGACAGAGUGGGGAAGUGAGAUAGGAUGGAUUUAUGGCUCUGUUACAGAAGAUAUUCUCACUGGGUUCAAGAUGCAUGCUCGUGGCUGGCGGUCAAUCUACUGCAUGCCUCAACCCCCAGCAUUUAAAGGAUCUGCUCCAAUCAACCUUUCGGAUCGUCUGAACCAAGUGCUCCGUUGGGCCCUGGGAUCUGUUGAGAUUCUCUUCAGCCGCCAUUGCCCAAUAUGGUAUGGGUAUGGAGGACGGCUGAAAUUCCUAGAGAGAUUUGCAUACAUCAACACUACCAUUUAUCCACUCACUGCGCUUCCCCUCCUCUUAUACUGUACUCUGCCCGCCGUCUGUCUACUCACUGGAAAGUUCAUUAUGCCUCAGAUUAGCAACAUAGCCAGUAUCUGGUUCAUCUCUCUCUUCCUUUCCAUCUUUGCCACUGGUAUUCUGGAAAUGAGGUGGAGUGGUGUUGGGAUUGAUGAAUGGUGGAGGAAUGAACAGUUUUGGGUUAUUGGAGGUGUUUCUUCCCAUCUCUUUGCCGUCUUCCAGGGUCUUCUCAAAGUUCUUGCAGGUAUUGACACGAACUUCACUGUUACUUCCAAGGCAUCAGACGAGGAUGGUGACUUUGCUGAGCUCUACAUGUUCAAGUGGACCACACUUCUGAUACCACCAACUACCCUCCUGAUAAUAAAUCUGGUGGGGGUGGUGGCUGGAAUCUCCUAUGCUAUAAACAGUGGAUACCAAUCAUGGGGUCCACUCUUUGGCAAACUCUUCUUUGCUUUUUGGGUGAUUGUCCACCUCUAUCCAUUCCUCAAGGGUCUGAUGGGGCGGCAGAACCGUACUCCAACUAUUGUCGUUGUUUGGUCUAUUCUCCUUGCAUCAAUCUUUUCACUGCUGUGGGUUCGAGUAGAUCCUUUCACCACUCGGGUAACUGGACCAGAUGUUCAGCAGUGUGGAAUCAAUUGCUAGAAAUUGAAGCAGAAAGGAGGAAAUGCAAAAUGAUGUAUCAUAUGCUACCAAGAGACUGAAAGAAUGGUUGAGCUUAUUUAUGUAAACUUGUACACUCUGGGGCUCACAGAUUUUACUUAUAUGUAGAGCUAAGACUUGCUUUAGAUGUUUACUGUUCCACACGUUAAAUUAUUGUCAUUAUUUUUUGUUUAUGUCCUGUAUUUUUUUGGUCAAAAAUACUUGCCAGCAAUUGUCAAUGAUUUCAUUUUGCAUCCAAUCGAAAAAUUUGACUGUUUGUCUUCCAUCAGUGGCAUAAAAUAAAGGCAGCAAAUAUCAGGUCCUUUA